UAGCGUCUGAUGAGGAAAAAUUUGUUAUUUUAAUUGAUAAUAAGAAAUUUGCUGUGUAAUAUCAAAAUGGUAAAUGUUCUUAAUGAUUCUGAUAGCGAGGACGAAUUACCUCCUGGGUGGGAAGAAAGAGCUACUAUUGAUGGAAAUGUUUAUUAUGUCAAUCAUUAUACAAAAGGUACACAAUGGACGCAUCCUAGAACUGAACGCAAGAAAAUCGUAGAAGGAGAAUUACCUUCUGGAUGGGAAAGAUGUAUUUCUGACGAUGGUAAAGUUCUCUUCGUUGAUCAUAUGAAUCGUACUACUACUUACACUGAUCCUCGAUUAGCUUUUGCCACCGAAUACAGGGAAAGCUCACAACCAGUACGACAAAGGUUCGAUGGAAGUAGUACAGCCCUUUCUGUUUUAUACGGUCGUGAUUUACGUAAUAAAUUAGCACUUAUCACUGGUGCUAAUACGGGUAUAGGUUUUGAAACAGCUAGAUCAUUAGCUUUACAUGGCUGUCAUGUUAUACUUGCUUGUAGAAAUGUUAAGGCAGGCGAAGAGGCAGUGAAAAGAAUCAAACAAGAAAAAGAAAAUGUUAAUUGUGAAGUAUUGGAGUUAGAUUUAGGAUCGUUGCAAAGCGUACGUAAUGCCGCAGAAAAGUUCAAACAAAAAUAUAGAACUCUUCAUAUUCUAAUAUUGAAUGCCGGUGUAUUAGCGAUUCCUUACGAACUUACAAAAGAUGGUUAUGAAACAACAUUCCAAGUUAAUCAUCUUUCACAUUUUUAUUUUACACUUUUGUUGGAGCAUCCCAUUCGUAGUUGUCACAAUGCAAGAAUAGUAAUAGUUUCCAGUGAAUCACAUAGAUUUUCUUCUAUACAACAUGUAGAAGAUAUUCAUCCAUUAACUUUAUCCCCGCCUAAAUAUCAUUAUUGGUCAAUGAGUGCGUACAACGAUUCUAAACUUUAUAAUAUAUUAUUUGCUCAAGAAUUAUCUAAGCAAUGGCCUGCAGUAAGUGUAUUCAGUUGUCAUCCUGGUAAUAUGGUUUCUUCAUCUUUAUCUCGUUAUUCCUGGAUAUUCCGACUAUUAUUUGCCAUAGUGAGACCUUUCACCAAAUCACUGCAACAAGCGGCAAGCACAACAAUAUUUUGUGCAACUGCACCAGAAUUAGAAGGAGCGACGGGACUUUAUUUUAAUAAUUGUUAUCGUUGCGAUCCUUCGACUGCUGCAGUAGAUUCUGCAUUGGCAAGCAGAUUAUGGUCCGUUUCUCAAGAUUUAAUUAUAAAUGUUAUGAAAAAAGAUAAACUUUGGGAAGGAUUAACUUUGAAAUAAUUUGCAUAAAAUUCUUUCAAAUAUUCUGCCUUUGGUUUGAGAAUUACUUUAUCCACAAGACUAAUAACCCAACCUGGUUCAAGACCAUAAAAU